GUUUACGCUCAGACUCCAGUAAAACUGCAGAUCCGGAGCCAAUGAGACGACACGGUGACCACGAAAAUGCUGCUGUCCCGUCAGACAGCAACUGUAAAUCAAAGCUGACCAGGACCCACAUGGGGAAGAAGGCGUUUUCUUGCAGCACUUGCAUGAAAGAGUUUAGUAAACGUAGUAUUUUAAUGGAUCACAUGAAGAUCCACACUGGCAAAAUGCCGUACCUGUGCAACACCUGCGGAAAAUCGUUUAUAAAAUCAUCAAUGCUCAAGAAGCAUAAAAUUAUCCACAAGGGCGAAAAGCUCUACGUCUGCAAAACAUGUGGAAAGAGUUACACGCAAAAUUGCAACCUCGUGAUUCACUCGAGGAACCACACCGGUGAAAGGCCGUACCCGUGCAACACCUGCAGCAAAACCUUUACUAAUUUAUCGGAUCUUAAACGCCACAUAACCACGCACACGGGUGAGAAGCCCUACAUCUGCAAAACAUGUGGAAAGAGUUACAGGCAAGUUUCCCACCUGGCGGUUCACUCGAGGAUCCACACGGGCGAGAAGCCCUACAUCUGCAAAACAUGUGGAAAGAGUUACAAGCAAGAUUCCCACCUGCUGUUUCACUCGAGGACCCACACAGGCGAAAGGCCGUACCUGUGCAACACCUGCGGAAAAUCGUUUAUAAACUCAUCACAUCUUAAACGGCACAUAACUGUGCACACGGGCGAGAAGCCCUACAUCUGCAAAACAUGUGGAAAAAGUUACAGAGAACGUUCCAACCUGGUGAAUCACUCGAGGACCCACACCGGUUUCUACUGA